AGAAGAAGCUGUAGGAGUAGGCCAUAGGACCCAGGGACGCAUAGGAGGGGCGGCAUUAACGGGGUUAUGGACGACCUCAGGAUUUUUAUUUCUCACUGCAAUGGAAUACAAUGUGUAGAUGCGCAUCAGCAAACCAAAACCAACCACGGACUGUCCCAAUUCACAUCUCAGCUCUGCUUCUCGUCUUUCCAACUUAGGCUGAUAGCAGUUUGCCUCAAGAUGUGCAUCUAAUAAAAAAAAAAAUAACAAGCCUAGCUAUUGUUGCAGUUUCGCACAUCAUGUCCACUGAUUUGACAGUCUCGGAACAAGUGGAACCGGUCAAUGAGUCCGAACUUGUCGAAGACGAAGAGCAUUGGCUAUAUGGGGAUGAAAACUCCAAGAAUCAGUCUGUAAACAAUGAGACGAGGGAGAAAGAAGGUGUUCUGGAUGGCAGUACCAGCAUGGAAGACAAGAACAAUACAGAACAGGCAGCCAAGAGUGUGAAGGAAGAGGAAGAAGAGGAUAGCGAUAGUGAUGAUGAUGAUGAUGAUGAUGAUGAUGUCAAGGUCACUAUUGGAAACAUCAAGACGGGAGCUCCUACUUACAUGGGGACUGGUAUAAACCUUAACAUAAAACCAGUGCGGGGGUAUGGAGUGGCAUCUGCUAACAAGCUCCAGUCUAAAGGUGUGGACAUGGAGGCUCUCAGCGGUUUUAAUGGAUUGCAUGCAGUGGAGACAGACACGGAUAUGUAUGAGGACAAGCCGUGGAGGAAGCCAGGCGCCGAUCUGUCAGACUAUUUUAACUACGGCUUUAAUGAGGAGACAUGGAAAGCAUACUGUGAGAAGCAGCGAAGGCUUCUGCUGGGCCUGGAGCCCUGUCUGCCUCCGAGUUUCCACAACAAAAUCACAGUCCAGCAGGGUAGGACAGUCAGUUUGGAGAAGGAUGUUGAAAGCUCUGCAGUCAAGCUGGACUUUAAGUCUGACUUUUCUACGCAAGUCAUGCCAGCUACCAGCAGGCUAAAGGCUGGGCCUCCACCCAACAGGAAAAUGGCCGGAACAAUCGAUGUGAUUGGUGGACAGACAGGACCAAUCCGCCGGGUUGAAGGCCGUAGGAGAGAGAUGCAGGAACAGAAUCCCAUUCAGGUUCUUGGUGAUCAUGGCAACAAGGCACAGCCUUUAACUCCACCCACAGUCCCACCUCCCCUCCCAAUAGGAGUGCCUCCACCGCACUUCCUGCAACGCCCACCUCCUGUAUCUGGCAUGCCCCCACACAUGCAACCACCAGGUAUACCUCCACCUGCCCUUCCAGGUAUAUUCCCACCUCCUCUGGCCCCUCCACCAAACCUGAUGAUGCCACCUGUCAACAGCCGGUGUCCCUAUGGCAACAGAGCCCCCCCUCCAUUUGGAUACAGCAACGCAGACCCUAACUACAUCACCUACCCUCCCGUGUCCUCUGCACAUGUGCAGUGGGGCUCGAUGAUGGAGAAGGGAACGGGUGGGGGGGGCUGUGGACGUCCCGGGCACUGGGAUCACCAGGGCUUCCGGCGAGAACGGGAACGAGAGACAGACAGGGACCAGGAGCAGGACAGAGGAGAGGGAGCGGCCACCGCAAGUGAAUACGAUGAGGACGAACACUACCGCUACUACGCUCAUGAGCGCGACAGCUUCCACCACACUCGCGACAGUAGUCGAGGCAGAGAGGAGCAUUCUGGGAGAGAACGGCGCCACCGAGACAAGGAAGAAGGCAGCAAACACAAGUCUUCCAAACGAAAACAGCACGACGAUGACGGCAGCGGCGGCGACAGCCAUCGGAGGCAUAAGCACAAAAAGAGCAAACGUGGCAAAGAGGAGCGGGGAGUGGCGGAGGAUGUAGGCGGGCGGGAGGUUGAACGUGAACACAGGGACUAGAUAAGGCGGCCAGCCUACGCAUAUGGUGCAGGCAGCAGCGUGAGCCAGCUUAUUAAAACUGUCGUGAAGUGAUGUUUAAAAGGAGAAACCUCACAAUGUGUAUAAACCUUGGAUCAAUAAUGACAGUGAUUGCCAUCACAAGACAAAGGUUAAGACCAUGAAUAUUUGCUUCAGAGAUUGUUCUAGAAUUUUCAGUGGGCAUUCUGGUUUUGUUGAAGUCUUCCCAGUCUCUGUCCAUGCAGGUUUUUUUUAACAACCAUGGCCAGUAUUCACAGACUGUACGUAUGUGUACUUUAUAGCUCACUUACUAGAUUUGAACUUCCUUUUGUGGAUGCCCCAAGCUUUACCCUGUUCUCAAACUACUGUAACACACUGUUUUGCUAUAGUCGGUCUGACAGAUAUUUAACUGCGUUUUAGAAUUCUAAUAUACUUUUAUGCAAUAUGUACACACACUGUGUGUGUGUGUGUGUGUGUGUGUGUGUGUGUGUGUGUGUGUG